ACUCAAACAUUUACAUUUUAAGUGAGGGGUUCGAGGAAAAAGAAAACAAAAUGCCACCAGUGAAAUGCCAACACUCAUCCCCUGAAGAUACCGUUUCCACUGGAUAAACCAGUUACACCGAGUUCUCAGAAGCAUCUAUCAGUUGCAGUAGAGAAAAAUUCCCUUCUUCCUCUUUGAAUGACAAUCAACGGCCUUUUGCAAAACAGCUAUUUGUCUCAGUUCUGGUACCAUUUAGCAGAGGUCAAAGCAUCUUGAUGCCGCAUGUUUUUGCGCAUGAAGUCACCAAAGCUCUUUGUGUUGCCCGUGCGCGUUGCACGUACGCGUGCGUGCACUUGUGAGCGUUGGCGUCUCUCGAAGGCACCGAGGGGCACGCGAGCGGCCGAAUCGCCGCUGCACAAAGACCGGUUUGUCCUCUUGUCUUUCCUGGACAUCACUUCCUUCACUGCAUGCAAAGCGUUCACAGCCCUUUAUCUUUCAGACAAUGCCGUGCGCUCGCGCUUUCUAGGAACAGAUAUAAAACACAGCAUUUGUUUGAGAGGGAACAAACAGCCGUGGCCACCUCCACCUCUGGUUGGAAUCCGCUGUCCAGGGUGGGGCCCGAAACAGGUGGAACGAUCCUGCUCCUCGCUGGUCAUCACCUCGCGCAGCUGAACAGAGCUACCCAGAGGAUCAGCGCACUGAACAUUAACAGAGAUGCUGCCAGAGUCUAUGUUUUCUUCGGAAUCUGACUACUCUUACAAAAUCUUCGCCAUUAUGGAGGUAUGGGAGAAAACGCAUCUGUGUCACACGGACAACAAGCACAAGUACUUUUUACUUCUGCUCUUCAAGCUGGGGCUGGACCUAGCCGUCUUCCGCCUGUGCUCCCGCAAGUGGUACGCCUACUUUUUGGGCAUGUGCAGCUUCUCCAUCAUACUGGUUGACCUGGCGCUGACGGUUUUGAUGGCGACGGUGUGGUUUCUGGGCGCCGGAGGCUCGUUUCUGUCCGCCUGCUUUCUCUUGUCCAAUGCCUCGGUGACGUACGGAGCGCUGCCGCUGCCCAUGCUCGCCUUGGGUUUACUUGACUACACUUUGCAAGGCACCUGCAGGACCUGGUGCAGAGCGCUGAGGAACGCGGCCAUGACUUUGCUGAUGUGGUUCGUCGCGGUGACGUACUCCCUCCUCUCAGUCACCGCCGAGCUGAGGGAGCUGGAGUACGAGACGGGGAAGAAGGCUCUGGUGUGUGAAACGCAGCAGUCGAAGCUGAUCACCUACUUUGUUGUGAUAGUUUCCACUGCGGUGGUUUUUGCAUUCUUUCCGUUUUUAGCCAGCGUCCCUCGCUGGAUAAGAGAGGCCGACAGGUUAUGCAAAUCGAGGGAGGAGAAAGAGGACAAGGGGAGCGACCUAUUCUUCACCGGGGACUCCUGCAAAGUCACAACCAGCUUUGAGGAGGACUAUCAGGAGCCCCGGCCGCCGCUGUGGUUCAGCCUGACGCUGGGCUUCGCCACCUUCUGGAUGCCCUUCCUUUUCGUGUCCGUAACCUGCCUGGCCCUUGGUUUCGAAGUGCCGGCCUACAUCUCCGUCAACCUUCUGUGGCUGGAGUGCGCCAACAGUUUGCUGGUGGGGGGGCUGUUCUGGGGACAGAGCAAGACGCAGGGGCCUUACAACAACCUGCCGGAAAACGUGUGCUUGUGGCCGGUUUACUGGCACCUGACCAACGGAACGAGGAACCAUCCACUGCCGGUGGCCGUGUCCAACCCGUCCAACUCGUCCAAAGAGAAGAAAAACCUUUUAUCGUACGUCUGAGCAGGUUUGACGGAAAACUAAACCUGCGCACACUGACUUAUUUUUUGGACACGUCUCUCCAGCAAAUGCCAACGUUGAGAAAAAAGACUUUGAAAUGUAACUCCGUGAGGGGCAGUGGGGCAGAAAAACUGUGAUCGCAUAAGCUUUUAUACAAUGGAAAGAUUUACAUGAAGGUACGAGAUACUGCACAGGUUCUAAAUGUCAGGAAGACAAUAAUUAAAAAAAAAAAAAAAAAAAAGAUCUGGAUGUGGGAUACUGUUUUUUUUCAUUUUCAUACAUGUCUUUGUAUUUUUAACACAUUCUUUCCUCUGCUUUGUGCUCCCUUUCGCCUAUGUUUUGUUAUACAUAUUCCCAAUUAAGCCCCUCCCAUUUAAAUGUUGUGCCGUUUCUGUUGUCAGACAAAUGCAAGGAAAUAGCAUCUGUUAACCAUCACCAGCAAAUUUUGAAGUUUAUUUGUAUUGUCUUUUUUCAACUCAACCUUCAAUAAUUGCACAUUUUUUUUGGAGACUUGUUUGUGAGACUUUGCUUAAGGUGUUGAAAAUGGGUAUAGACUUAAAAUAAAUAACAAUAUAAUAAAUAAUAGAAAUGCUUUGUAGGUGAUUUACAUGAAUUCCAUUUUGAGUGUUUGUUCUUAUGAUGUACAGCUUUAUAUGACUGUUCUUAAUAAAAUGUUCUGAAAUACA